UUUAUGUAGUCAUAGUGCGUCAAAUGUUUGUGCAAGCAUCAAUCAGCUUAUCAGUUUUUUAAAAACAUUCUUAAAUGUUAGCUAUAAAUUUAUGAGGAGAUACUCGAGGGGAGAUUAUUGUUAUUUAAUACAAGAAUGAAUUUAAACGUUCUAAUUUUUUUUAAUUGAUAUCGACGUAUCUCGUUCUGUCAGUUCAUGCAGCUGAACAGACUUGAUUUGUUGAUUUUUAUUUAACAAACAACAAUUAAAAUGCUGCGUUCGCUUUUUCGAAAAAGUAGUCCACAAAUAAACUCGACAUGUGUGCAGUUAAGCCAUUUAUUUUCAACAAAGAAUCUUGGAGGAAAUGAUACUGAUAGUGUACCGAAUUUAUCAGUAAAGACAGACACUCCUCAGGAAAAAUUAAUGAAAUGUUUCAAGAGAGACAAGGAGCUUUUGAAAAGAAAAUUAACUUUUUGGAAAAAUUGGAGUAAUCCUACCAUUAACGACAAAGGAAAAGUACUAGAUUGGGAUAGCCCACAUUCUCCAAUUUUUUCAAAUUACUGUGACGUAGUUAUUAUUGGAGGAGGAGCAAUGGGUAUCUCAACUGCUUAUUGGCUACAAGUUUUUUGUAGAAACAGUUUAAAUAUUAUAGUUAUAGAAAAAGAUCCAACAUAUAAAAGUGCAUCCAGUGUUUUAUCUGUUGGUGGUGUACGGCAACAGUUUUCUUUAGAAGAAAAUAUUGAAAUGUCCUUGUUUGGUGCAGAAUUUAUACGCAACGCCAAUAAAUAUCUAGGUAUUCUAGGAGAACCUGUGGUUGAUUUACAAUUUCAUCCAUAUGGGUACUUAUCUCUUGCUACCGAAGACAAAGUGGAUAUAUUGAAAAAAAAUUCAAAAUUACAAAAUUCCAAAGGAGCCAAAAAUGUGUUGUUGACUAAAAAUCAGUUGAAGGAUAAAUUUCCUUGGCUCACUACAGAUGAUAUAGAGCUUGGAUGUCUUGGCUUAGAAAAAGAAGGAUGGUUUGAUCCGUGGUUGCUUGUCACAGCUUUGAAACGUAAAGCAAUAUCAAUGGGAGUUGAAUUUGUGAUUGCAGAAGCCAAAGGUUUCAAUUUUAAAGUAAAUAACAAUAUCACAAUUUCUGGAAUCAACAAUGAAAAUUAUGAAGAGCUUGGAUAUUUGAUUGUACAAACUGAGGAUGGCAAUCUAAGACCUAUACACUUUAGCAAAUGUGUUAUAGCAGCUGGUGCAUUCAGUGGACAAGUAGCUAAAAUGGCAAGAAUUGGAUAUGGGGAAAACACAUUGUCCGUUCCUUUGCCAGUAGAACCUAGGAAAAGAUAUGUGUAUUGUUUUCACGCUCCAGAUGGUCCAGGGCUUAACACCCCAAUGACUAUAGAUCCAACAGGUGUUUAUUUUCGGCGUGAAGGCCUAAAUAAUCAUUAUAUUUGCGGUCGUUGUCCGUUGGAUGGCGAGGAGCCGUCUAUAAACAAUUUGGAUGUUGAUCUAGAAUUUUUUGAUAACAGUAUUUGGCCUACACUUGCUCACAGAGUGAAAGCUUUCGAAAAUUUAAAGGUCAAAUCUUCAUGGGCUGGUUAUUAUGAAUACAACACUUUCGAUGAAAAUGGAAUUAUUGGGUAUCAUCCAUAUUAUCACAACUUGCUAUUUGCUACUGGAUUUAGUGGCCAUGGUAUUCAACAAGCUCCUGCAGUUGGAAGAGGAAUUGCAGAGCUAAUUAUACAUAAUGAAUUUGUAGCAAUGGAUUUAACUAGGCUGUCAUUUGAUAGAUUUAUAACUCAAGAGGCAAUGAGAGAAUCAAACAUUUGGUAAACACUAAACACCUUGUAAACUAUUUGUAAAUAAAUAAAAAAUUGUUUUGUUUAUUACCCCAAGUUAAUUAUUUCACAAUCUCUCUAUACAUAUUCAUUCAUUUUUCCAUCCAUA